AUGCGGCAAGCAACACAGUCACAAGUGUCACCCGGUGGACAGAGCUCCUUCCAGCCCCACCCCACCCCCAAUUUUCAAAACAAUGUGGGGACACUGUGUCCACAGCCCCAGCGUGAGCCGCCUGCAUCCAGGGAGACCCUCCUGCAACAGCCAGACAAGAAUAAGACGGCGCCUCGCCGCAUUCCACGCCUCCGGGCCGUGGUCGAGAGCCAGGCCUUCAAGAACGUCCUGGUGGACGAGAUGGACCUGAUGAUGUCUCGAGCAGCCACCCUUAUCCAAGCCAACUGGAGGGGCUACCGGCUCCGGCAGAAGCUGACCUCCCAGAUGCUGGCAGCUAAAGCCAUCCAGGAGGCCUGGCGACGCUUGUAUACCAGGCGCCUCCUCCGGUCUGGCAAGGAAGUGGAGAAAAAAGUGAGCAUGGAUGAAGGGGACAUCCCUUACCACCCCCCCCAGCAAGUGCGGUUCCGGCAUUCAGAAGAAGGCAAGUAUCUUCCGGCCCCACCUGUCAUGGUGAGUAAGGAGACCCAGAUCCCUUCUGCUGGCCUCUCAGCUACCUGUACCCACCAGCUGCCUGUACAGCCGCCAGGCAUCCCACAGCCCAGCGUGCGGGCUCCUUGUGCCACUGGAGGCCCAAGCGUCACUUUCCCACCACAACAGAUGGUCUCCAUCAGACUUCCAUGCCCAGUGAGUCCAGACAUAAAAUGCCACCAGUGCCUGCUAACAAGAACUGUCAGAAGUGCCAGUCUUGUCCGUGAAGAAGGUGACAUAAUGAAGACCACACAAGUGACUGCCAGAGCCAACAAGGGAGGAGCCCUAGGGCCACCACCUUGUGGAAGAUGUGCCCAGGAACUUCACGGACCCCUCAAGACCCAGAACCAUGAUCGUGUGGAAGCAGAGGUCCUCAAAGCCCCAGCCCAGACAGGCCAAGCCUCUGUGAUGACCAAAACCCCACCCCAGCAGUGCCCAGUAUCCACCAUAACGAUGACUAAGACCCCACCCCAGAUGUACCCGGCAGCUGCAAUGACCAAGACCCCACUCCAGUUGUGCUUGGCAUCCAUGAUGAACAAAACCCUACCCCAGCCUUGCCCAGCACCCACAGUAACAAUAGCCAAGACCCCACCCCAGGUGGACCCGACAGCCCCCGUGGCCAAGACCCCACUCCAGUCAUGCCUGGCAGCCAUCUUGAACAAGAACCCAACCCAGCCAUGCCCAGCAUCCUCAAUAAUGAUGACGAAGACCCCACCCCAGCAGUACUUGGCGGCUCCAGCGACCAAGACUCCAGCUCAGAUGCAACAAGCAGCCUCAAUGACCAACACUGCACCCCAGGCACAACCAGCUGCCAUCAUGGCCAAAAUCUCACCCCAGAUAUGCUUGUUGACCUCAGUUAUCAAGCCUCCAACCCAGACAUGCCCGGAGCCCGUGAUGGCCAAGACCCAGCCCCAGACGUGCCAGGUGCCCGUGAUGGCCAAGACCCCGCCCCAGACGUGCCAGGUGCCUGUGAUGGCCAAGACCCCACCCCAAACGUGCCAGGUGCCUGUGAUGGCCAAGACCCCACCACAGAUGCGCCCAGCAGCCACAAUGGCCAAAACUCCACUGCAGACAUGUUCAGUGGCUUCUGAAACCCCAUCUCAGACACUCCCAGGGGCCUCGAUGACCAAGAUCCCUCCCCAGACGCGUCUGGCAGCCAUGAUCACCAAGACCCCAGCCCAGUUACGCUCGGUGGCCACCAUUCUCAAGACCCUGUGCCUGCCCCCUUCUGCAGCUGGAAAUCUGAAGGCUUCACCUCCAGCAGUUGUGGCAGCCGGGAUUCCCAAUACCUCAUCGCACAUAUGUCUGAAUAGACCAAAGGCCAAGGCCGUGGUAACUGUGAGGCAGACGACAGAUAUGGUCAAAGCCUCGUCCCAUUCACAAUUGACUGAGGGAAAGGUGAAAUACUGUCCCCCGCCACACCUGGGGGCUGGGGCUCCCAAGGCUCUGGCUAGGCCUUUUUUGGAAGCUGAGAAAAUCAAGGCCUUCUCUCAAAAACAAGUGAAAACAGCAACCACAUCUAACAUCCGUGUGACAGAGGAUAGGAGCAAGAUCUUAUCGCAGGCACACCUGAAGAAAGAUUCUAUCAAAGUUCAGUCCAAGGUAUAUGUGCCUGCAGAAAUGAAUGUGGGUCUGCCCCAGGCACAGACGGCCACCUGUUCAACCACAGCCUCGCCCCGUGGACAUCUGCUUGCCAAGCUGUCUGCAGCCCUACCCCAGGCAAGUCUGGGUGCGCGUCUGUCCAAGCCCCCGCCCCAGGCACAUCUACCUGCCAAGCUAACCAAGGCCGCGACCCUGGCCCAUCAGAGCACACAUCUAGCCAAGACACAGUCCCAGGCACAUCUGGCCACAGGAGUGAUAAAGGUCCAGUCUCAGGCAGAUCUGCCUACUGGGCUGACCAAGGCCCAGUCCCGAGUCCGGCUGGUCACAGAAACAGCAAAGUGCCUCUACACUGCCCACCAGGCCGCUGAGCUGAGCAGCAAGACCCAGCCCCCGCCACUCCUGGCUGGGUUCAAGGCCUCUACCCAGCCCUGCCAACAUGCUGGCUCUCUUGGCACUUUGUCCCGAGCCAAGCCAGAGAACAGACCGACCCAGCUCGCAGGGCACAGCUAUGCCCAGGGUAAAGCCACCCAGAGCCUGCACCAGGAGGCCUCCGAGGCCCAGAGCAUGCUGGUGCCUCUGCUGCCAUCCGCUGGACACCUCACAUGCAAUGUUGAAUCCUGCGGUGACAGGGGAGCCUCCCGGGUCCAGCCAUCAUCCGCCAGCGCAGCUGUGCCCUGUCAGGAGGAGCUGGUGGCCUCUCAGCUUGCCUCACUGUGUGCUGAGCUGGCUGCUGUGCUGGGCUCUCAGGAAGACCUCCGUGAUCUGCUGGCGAAAGCUCUCUCCCAGGGGGAAGUGAGGGCGGCAGUGAACCAGGCCCUGUCCAAGGAGGUUCUGGGCACCCUGAUGGCCAAGGUCCUGCCCCAGGGCAUGCUGGGCACAGCACUGGUGAAGGCGUUGUCCUGGGGUGAGCUGGGCACUACGCUGUCCUGGGCCCUUUCCCGGGGUGAGCUGCGGGCAGAACUCACUAAGGCCAUGCAGGGCAAACUGGUGGAUGUGCUGAGCAAGGCCCUGACGGAAGAGGAGUGGGCCAUCCUGAACCAGGCCCUGUGUCAGGGUGAGCUGGGCGCCAUCCUGAACCAGUCCUUGUCUCAGGCGGCCCUGAGGGCUGGACUCAUCCUUCCUAAGGCUGCCUCGAAAACAUUGGGAAGUGGGAUGAUGGUGACACCGGCCCCCGUGGAGGUGACCUACAGGGGGAGCCCGUCAGCUGCGUGGGGGCCCACCCUGGGCUGUGUGAGACCACAGCCCAGCAAGGGCCCCGUGGAUGCCGGCGUGGCUGGUGGCCAAGCAUUGAACUCCGCUGUCCCCAGUGUUGCGGUCAGGCCCAUGAACAGUGCCGAGGCCCCCUGCGGCGCACUGGAACCAGCCAGGUGCCCUGUGCCCUGGGAUGCUGUGGUCAGCAAGGCAGCGACGGAUCCCGGACAGCUGCGUGAGCUAGUGGCAUCAGUGCAGACUGUGGAGAAGAUAAUAGUGCAAGCUGUGACCACUAUACAGGCGUGCGCACGGGGCUACCUGGUGCGCCGUACCAUCAGGGUAUGGCGCCAGUGGGCCGUCGUCAUCCAGGCUGCCUGGCGGGGCCACUGCGUGCGGCGGAACCUGGCCCAGCUCUGCAGAGCUGCCACGAUCAUCCAGGCCACGUGGCGAGGCUACUGCACCCGACAGAGACGAGCCCGGCAAAUGCUGUUCCCUGGCACGUGGGUUGAAGUGAGUGGCAAGGUCAGGCUGACCUCCAACCACCGCUGCUUCCAGUCCUGCCAGCCAAAGGUGUGCACCCUCUGCCAGUCACUGUGUCCCCGGCUGGGGAGCCCACCCAGUGCAGUGAUGCUUGUGGGUUCCAGCCCCCGCACAUGCCACAUGUGCGGCCACACCCUGCCCACGCGGGUGGUACAGGGCAUGGGCCAGGGCACUACAGGCCAGGCGGGCAUGCCGAGGGGCUAUGACACCCAGCUGACUCCCCAGAGACCCCGGCAGAAGCUCCAGUGCCAGAAUAAGGCCGCCGUAGUCAUCCAGUCGGCCUGGAGGGGCUUCGUUGUGCGUCGCCGGCUGAGGCAGCAGCAGGCAGCAGCCAAGAUGCUCCAAGCCACCUGGCGCGGCCACUAUACCCGAGCUUCCCUCACCACGGAUGCGCUCUUGAGAACAGCGGUGUGGGACCACCCACAGAACAUGCGGUGGCCAGGAGUCUAG